CUUUGAUAGUGCGAAAACGCGGCGACAUCCCCUUGAACUAUAUCUAAUCCGACAAAACAUUCAACACAAACACGAGCCUUCUCAGCCGCAGGGAGUUCAGCCCCUUCCAUGACUCUGUAGAUUGGUUAGUUUCACUGCAAGUUGCUGGAGUUAACGUAGUUAGUUUGCGGACUCAAGAGAUAGCCGCGCACUUAGCGAUCGGGGUACAAGCCAAGUUUUGCUGGAAAAGCUUCACUCGAACUGGAGUCAAACCAAAACUGGACGCUGCGCUGAUCGGUCGUAUCAAAGCGUACUAUCGAGAUUAAAAACGGUUACUGAAUACUUAAUUGUUUCAAAAUCUAAGUGAAAUAAGACGCCAAUCGACAAUUAUAGUACUUGGCCAAAUACGUAACGGAGAAGUGAAAAAGAUCUUUUGUGCGGUAAAAUCGGGAAUAGUAAUUAGUGCAAAAUGUCCUUCUUUCGCAAAUGGAAACUUUACACUAAGCACAAAAAGUUAAGUGAAGACUGGGGAUUAGCAACAAGCCUGAAGGAUCUUUCCGAUGCCGGGGAUUUGGACGAAGAUCAGAGCACCACAACAACCUUUAAUCUUAAGUUUUUAGGCAGUACACCAAUCGAGUCGGAGAAAUCUAAGAAUGCGACGGCCGAAGCCAUCAAAGCAGUCAUAUCUUCGUCAAAGUCAUCUCGUCGGAAAGCGCAGCGUGUGAACUUAAACGUGUCGCCACGGGGGAUUGAAAUGAUGGAUGUUUCGACUGGAACUCAAAUUCUACGAGUAUCUAUUUACAAAAUUUCAUAUUGCUCAGCGGAUGCAGCUCAUGAUCAUGUCUUUGCCUUCAUAGGAUCACCCGAUAGCGUCGACCCUAACGACGCCAUGGAUAAUGCAACAGCAGCAGAGAAGAUCGACACGUCGAAAGUGGCAACGAGCAAGGACAAUGACAAACUCACAUGCUAUGUAUUCCUAUGUCCGAAACGUAGGAUUGCUCAUGACGUCACGUUAACCGUUGCCCGCUGCUUUGAGAAUGCUUACCAAAUGUGGCGACACACAGUCGAGCGGAAAAUGUACACGGACGAGUUACAGAGCCGCGGCAAUAAGGAUGGCCGAAAGGAGAAAACCGAUGAGUCUUGUCGGGAGGAACCAAUAAGGGAUUUGCUUAUUGACUUCACUCCAGAGAUCUCAUCUAACUUUUUGGAAAGCGAUCAUCGACAGUAUUUGCAAAAUACUUGGGUUGCCUUCGAUGAUGAACCAAAGGAUAUGGACCGGUUCUGUAAUGCAUCGUGGGAACAACCGCUGGUGUGUUAAAGUCCACUGGUGACCGUAGGUUUAUUACUGGAUGUGAAGGUCCGAUCAGAGUGCGUAUAACCUAAUUAAUGGAAAAAUCCGCAAGGAAAACAAAAGUAUGUAUGGAUUGGUGCUUAGACUGCUUUUUUGAACGUUGCUUAUAGUGUAUUCGCUUUUGCUGGAGAUUGGAGUCACCAAGGAAUGCUUGAUUAACGAGAAGGAGCACAUCCUCAUUCUCUUUUAGUGAAUUUUAUCAGAGCAUCAUUCAUAGGUUUGCCACAUUGCUAAGAAGUUACUCCACAGAUUUUCCUUGUGAUUAUGUUGUAGGCAUUCUGGUAGGUUCUUGGGCCGAGCUUUGUGAAACUCUAGUAAGUGUAGUUUUUAAUCAAAUUAUUAUUCUACUUGAUAUGUUUGACAACUGACGCUACAUUUAUACAAUUGUUGGUUUAAAUUUUCAUAAUCUUUAACUUGUUGCUCUGUGAUUUGCCAAUUGGUAGAAAUUCAAAAUGAUGUGAAGCAAAAGAGUCGAAUUACAACAAAAUUAGCCAAAGAAUUUUCAAUAAUGUUAUUGUUUUGAUAUAAGUUUGAAUUAAGCUUUGAUUUCCAGUAGAGAUCUGGUGAAGCGAAAUAAUAACAAAUUUUCUAAUAUAAAAAAAAUGUUUUGUGAUGUAGCGAUGGUGACAAUGUGCUGAGGUUGUUAGUUGGGGAAACUAAAAAUUAGGAAAAUGUAGUUCGACCCAAAACUGAAUUGUUUAUUGUAUUUUCUCCGUGAUUAUUGAAUUAGUUCUGUAAUUAUGACCCUAUGUAUUUCUUUUUGUCUUUUAUUAUGUUACUUACUAUAUUUAGUAUACCAUUCUAAAUCUCAUUGAUUUUUCUUUAAUCUAAUGAUAAAGAUACUUACGCAUUGUGAUUUGUUAAAGAAUUGCUUUCUAAAUUGUUAUGCAUAUAUUAAUUUCCUUAAGAAGUUAUUGAAUAAAUCAUUAUAAAAUA